AUGAAAACGCAUGAGUGGAAACAAGGAGUAUCGGACAGGAAGUCCGGAGGCCUCGAUGAGGAAAGGUCAAGUCGUGAGAGAGGUACAUCACACAGCUCAAAGUACCGACACUAUAAUAGUAAAAGACGAGGACACUCCGAUUAUAAAGAUGGAGGAACAUACGCAAACUCAUCCAGAAGGAGAUAUGAUGACCAUAGCCCAGAACCUUACAGAAGGCAUUACGAUAUAGAUGAUCACGGAAGGCACCAUAGAUACGGAGAACGUGAUAGAUAUUCGGAAUCACGAUCAUACCGUAGUAGCAGAUAUGAUAGACGAUCUUAUGAUGAUGAUAGGGACAGCUACGAAGACUCAAGAGGUUACCGUGCAAGCAGAUAUGACGACCACCCAAAGUAUCGCAAAACUGGCGAUCAUUAUGAUGACAGACAUCAUUACGAUGAUAGAGACCAUUAUGAUGAUAGGGAUCGUUACGAUGACAGGGACAGAUAUGGCGAUAGAGACCGCUAUGAUGAUAGAGAUCGAUACGAUGAUAGGGACCACUAUGAUAGAUAUGAUCGAUACGAUAGGUAUGAUCGGUACCGCAGGUCACCACGUAGCUACUCACCACAAACGCCAUAUUCCGAUAGACACAGCCCUAACCCUAGGAAACCAUAUUAUUCGCCACCCCCGCCACCACCUAACGAUCUAGCUCCACCGCCAAAAGCGGGUAACACAGCGGAGGCGACAUCGGCGAAAAGGGAUAGGGCAAACACACAUAGUAGUAGCACUAUAUAUACAAGCUCAAGCAUCAAUGCUGCGACGAAUAGUAGAAAUGUCUCAAAGACACGUAAGGACACAAAGAACGCCGACUCCGAAACGAAAAAAGAUACAAAAAUACCAGAUCCGAGAACUGGAAGGAACCUAUAUGCAGCUAGGAUGACAACUAUGCUGGAUGUUGUAAACCUGCCAAAGAUGGCACCAGGUGAUACGACACUCGAUUCACCACAAAUAGAUCCUCAAGUACAAUGGAAAAACAUUAAGCCGACAUAUAACAUGUUCCAAAGCCCUCUAGAGAGGGUUAACAUGUAUAUGUGCGCUACCAGACCUCAAAUAAGCCAGGAAUGGUGGUUAAAAGGAGCUAUGUCAUUACUCGUUAUGGGUAUACCACGGCACUGGAAACAACAUGAAAUCCUAUCAUACAUUAUGGAGGCAUAUGAUAGGUUGCUAGAUUGGGACGAUGUAGUAGUAGGUGACGAAUCACGAGAACGUGAACCGAUCUCGGACACUACCCUCAGGAAAAAUCAAGAAAUUUGGUGGCAUAAAAUGGGACUAAAAAAGUUCAUAUUACUAUUUGGAAACAAUGGAACUGCUAUUAACGAAAUACCCAUGAUGUACCCUAAAUCAGGGGAUGCGAACUUUGUCACACGAAGCUCCACUGGCAAGUUAACAACAAUAAACGAACAACCUGAUGCAAUGGCACUCAUGGUCUUUGAGUCAGAAGCUAAGGCUAUGCAGUUCUGGGCAUCAAUGGCCUCAAAUGCUAUUAAGGCAUACCCAUCAACAAUAGUGGUGUGCCCAGACCCUUCCGGCUGGAGGAUAUAUACAGAAGCUAUUGCACUAUGGUUCAACGGAGAUGCGUUAACUCAAAUGGCGCAAGCACACUACCAAACUACUGUAGUAAAGGAUAAACAAAAUGAGGAGCUGCUUCCGGUGCUAACAAAUAAGCCACAGGAAGAAACUGGUCAAAAGAGUAAAGCAUCCUCACAACUAACGUUUGUAUCACCAUUCGUUUCAGACCAAGAGGAAGCCACAGAGAUAGCGAGCUCGUUUGCUAAAGCUGGAAUCAAAUGCAUGUAUCAUAAACCGUCAAAAAUCAUGUCGCUACAAUUCCCUAACGAAGCGCUAUUCUCGACGCUCUCAGUAUGCCACCGUUUCUUCAUAUCACAUACUGGUGCUAAGGUACACUGCUGUUUCGUCAAUUGCCUAGGCAAAUUCUUGCCACUUGUCAAACGGACGAACGUCGAGCAUCUUUCGAAUGCCGUAGAAAAGAGCAAAACUGUACCGCCAAAACCACCAAAGUUCAAUCCACCUACAGUGGGUAUUGUCACUAUAGAUCCAGAUCGACACCGAUGA